AUGGCUGCCAAUACUACCGAAACCGCACCUAAGAAUGAAGUGCCCAUUGCUACUAGUCCCUUUAAGCCGCUAUGGAAGUGGCAAGCACCCUCAAAGUAUCGGCGAAUCAACACCAUUGAUACUCAUACCGGUGGUGAGCCGACACGCAUCAUUGUUUCAGGUCUUCCACCAAUUCAUGGCUUCAAUGUUCUCGAGAAGCGUCGCUAUUUCCAACAGCACUAUGAUCAUCUGCGAUGCGGACUAUUGCUGGAACCACGGGGCCACGCCGAUAUGUAUGGCGCCAUCUUGACAAGCCCAAGUAAUCCCAAGGAAGCAGAUCUGGAUGUGUUCUUCAUUAACACCCACGGGUACAGUUCGAUGUGCGGACAUGCUACUCUAGGUAUUACUAAAGUUGUUUUCGAGACUGGACUUGUGGAAAAGAAUGGCCAGGAGAGCCGAGAAAUCAGAUUGAGCAGUCCAGCCGGCAUAGUCAACACUCGUGCGACAUUCGAUGACAAGACAGGCGAGGUACUGCGGGCAUUUUUUCUAAAUGUGCCUUCAUUCGUUUAUCAGCUGGAUCAGACUGUCGCUGUUCCUGGGUUAGGAGAAGUCACCUUCGAUAUUUGCUUCGGUGGCGUCUUUUUUGCCAUUGUCUCACUAGACACCCUUCAUAUCCCCCAGCGACUAGAAAUGGUGUCUGAGAAUAGUACCUCCUUUGUUUCUCUUGGGCGAAAGAUUCGCAAAGCAAUCCUCGACUGUCCAAAGAUCGUGGUCGAACAUCCAAUCAAUUCAGACCUAAAUGAACUUCAUGGGGUCAUUUUCACAGGCCCACCUUACGAUCCCCGAAAUCACAGCAGGAAUGUGAAUGUUUUUGAGGAUGGCGAGAUCGAUCGUAGCCCUACAGGGACAGGAGUAAGUGCACGCGCUGCGUUGCAUCUUGCAAGAGGCGAACUAGAGCUCGGGCAGGAGUUCACUGUGGAAAGUAUUGUGGGGAGUACGAUGACAGGAAGGGUAAUAAGGGAGGUACAACUGGGAGGUUUUCGUGCUGUGAUACCUGAAGUAAGUGGAGCGGCCCAUAUCGUAUCUCAGACUGAGCUCUUGUUUGAUCCGAGUGAUCCUUUUCAAGAUGGCUUCGUGUUACAUUGA